UGCUUUUACAUAAAACACACAACAUGUGCAUUCAUGUAACUUUUUAAGGUUUGACAGAUAGCCUCGUUAUGUCCAGUUAUUAAGUUAAUUAACGUUCACAACGACAUCAGCUCAGCUACACAGAUGUGCUUCACAAAGGCAGCAACAGAGUGAUUGUAUUGUAUUUAUUAGAUUGUAAAUAUGUUUAUGACGUUCUGAGUCAAUAAGACAACUGGUGGCCAAUUCUGGGUUCUUUGUCAGUUUGAUAAAACACAAUUCAACAUAUAAACAUAAACCCUGAAUAUUGAAGAUCUAUAAACUAGAUUAGAAUGUCUUCCACCAGGCCGGGUGGUGAUGCUGACGAUGUGAUGGCUCUGAAAUGUGAUUCCUCCCAUAGGAACUAUGUGACUGGAGGCCGGUGUCCCAGUAAGGCUACCAUCAACGGGAAGACCGUGGUCGUAACAGGCGCCAACACGGGCAUCGGGAAGGAGACGGCCCGAGAACUGGCCAGGAGAGGAGGUCGAAUCAUUAUGGGAUGUCGGGACUUGGAGAAGUGCGAGGCGGCUGCAAAGGACAUAAGAGGGAGUACCUUGAAUCCUAACGUUUACGCGUGUCACCUCGACCUGGCCUCCGUGAAAUCCGUACGAGAGUUUGCAGAGAGAAUCAAGCAAGCGGAGCAGCGUGUGGACGUGCUUAUAAACAAUGCUGGAGUCAUGAGAUGCCCAGCAGGGAAGACCGAAGACGGCUUCGACAUGCAGUUUGGAGUGAACCACUUAGGCCACUUUUUGUUGACAAAUCUUCUGCUGGAUAAGUUGAAAGAGUCGGCGCCCAGCCGAGUGAUCAACCUCUCCUCACUCGCCCACAUCGUCGGAAAGAUUGACUUCGAGGACUUGAACUGGGAGAAGAAGAAGUUCGACACCAAGCAGGCGUACUGUCAGAGCAAGCUCGCCAACGUGCUUUUCACCAGAGAGCUCGCCAAACGAUUACAAGGCACAGGAGUCACGGCGAACGCCGUGCACCCCGGCGUCGUUGCCACGGAGCUCGGGAGGCACACGGGUCUGCACCAAUCGCAGUUCUCCAGCUCCGUGCUCAGUCCCUUUUUCUCCAUGUUGGUAAAGAGCCCGGAGCUGGGGGCCCAGUCCAGCGUCUACCUGGCAGUGUCCGAGGAGAUGGAAGGGGUGACGGGAAGGUACUACGACGUGAUGACCGAAAAGGAACCGGCCCCCCAAGCCCUGGAUGAGGAGGCGGCUCGCAGGUUGUGGGAGGCCAGCAGCGGGCUGCUGGGUCUGGAGGAGAGAGGACAACCCGUCACUUCAAAGCCCCCCACAGAGGUGCAGAGCAAAGGCGCACAGACCGUCCAAGAGCAGAGACACGGACGUAGGCCGGCUCUGGCCUCGGGGCCACCGGGGGGGAUAAUGGACCUUUUAUAGCUUGAGCUGAGUGCGGCUCAUGACACAAUUAACCGUCUGAGUCAACGGCCUGAACAGAGACAGUCUUUGGUGCAAGCCUUGUACCUGCAUCAGGAUAAAAAAACUAAAACAAGACUGAAUAAUUUAAAAGAAUAAAAAAAAUACACUUGUUUCCUCACUAAUGACCACAAACUCGUACUCACUGCUGCAGCCUCACUGGGUCUAGAAUAAAAAACAUUAGUCUAAGGUGACCAAUGUUAGCUAGCAAUUGCAACGUUUUAAUAGAUAUUACAGCGUAACAAUGGAAGCUUAUAACUGCGGAUGUACUGUAUUAAUGAGUCAAAUUGUUCUGCUGCGUUUAUGAGUCUCCACCUCUUAUGACACCGUUAAAAAUGUUUUUAGCAUUUAUCAGUAAAUCAGUUAUUUAUUCUUACCUUCA